AUGGCCUCUAUUAUUCGCGCGUUGCGGCCCUUGUCGCGUACCCCAGUCCGCUUUGCCGGCAAAAGGCUAGCUGCCGGCCGGCCCGUGCAAAGUGCCUAUGCCUUCUCUACUACCCCCCGCCGGCGGGACACCGACAUCUCCGAGCUGACUCCGACGCCAAUCACCCAUUUGUCCGACACGGAAGCCAUGAUGUCCGAAAUGGUCUCGAAGUUCGCGCAGGAGCAAAUCGGCCCAAAGGUUCGGGAUAUGGACGAGGCCGAGACCAUGGACCCCAAGGUCGUGGAGCAGCUCUUCGAGCAGGGUAUCAUGGGCAUUGAGGUGCCAGAGGAGUACGGCGGUGCCGGCAUGAACUUCACCGCAGCGAUCGUAGCGAUCGAGGAGCUUGCACGUGUCGACCCCAGUGUCAGUGUGCUGGCAGAUGUUCACAACACCCUCGUCAACACCGCGAUCCUGAAGUACGGCGAUGCUCAGGCCAAGCGUACGUGGCUGCCCAAGCUCACCACUGGCACUGUUGGCUCCUUCUGUCUUUCCGAGCCUGCGUCCGGCUCCGAUGCCUUCGCGCUCCAGACCAAAGCCGAGAAGACCGCUGAUGGGUACAAGAUCAAUGGAUCCAAGAUGUGGAUCACUAACUCGAUGGAGGCUGGUAUCUUCAUCGUUUUCGCCAACAUCGACCCCAGCAAGGGCUACAAGGGCAUCACUGCUUUCAUUGUUGAGAAGGAUACCCCCGGAUUCUCAAUCGCGAAGAAGGAGAAGAAGCUCGGCAUUCGCGCUAGCAGCACCUGCGUGCUCAACUUUGACGACUGCGUCAUUCCCAAGAGCAACCUUCUCGGCGAGGAGGGCCAGGGCUACAAGUACGCUAUCAGUGUGCUGAACGAGGGCCGCAUUGGUAUCGCGGCCCAGAUGACCGGUCUGGCUCUCGGUGCAUGGGAAAAUGCCGCCAGAUACGUGUGGAACGACCGCCGCCAAUUCGGCGAGCUCAUCGGUAACUUCCAGGGCAUGCAGCACCAGAUUGCGCAGGCCUAUACCGAGAUUGCCGCCGCACGUGCUCUUGUGUACAACGCCGCCCGCAAGAAGGAGGCUGGCCAGGACUUUGUUCAGGAUGCUGCCAUGGCUAAGCUCUAUGCCUCCCAGGUUGCUGGGCGCGUGUCCAGCUCCGCCGUUGAGUGGAUGGGUGGUAUGGGCUUUGUCCGUGAGGGCAUUGCCGAGAAGAUGUUCCGUGAUAGCAAGAUUGGCGCGAUCUACGAGGGCACCAGCAACAUCCAGUUGCAGACGAUUGCUAAGCUUCUUCAGAAGCAGUACACACAAUAG